UCUCUCUGCAGGUCACGUGAUUUCUGUGAAACCAGCUUGAUUCUCCUCUUUGCUCAUGAAUAAACACGAGAGGGAGUUUCCUCCUCCAACACGAUAUAAAGUCUGAAACUUCGUCUUUGCCUCAGAGGAUCAUAUUCACGUCAACUUCUCGACCGAGAGAUGAAUCCUGAAGCCAGCAGAACGAUGGAGAUGGCAGCGCUCGGCCGGCCGUUCGGCCUCGGGAUGCUGUACGACUGCCGCCAAGAUUCACUCAUCCCUGGAAUGACACUGUGGAACCCUGAGGACCUGGGAAAAGACUUGAGAGAAAGACCAAAACCCAACAGUGAAUUUGAGAUAGUUGCAUCUGAAUCAAUUGAGGAUAAAUCUUCAGCGCUAAAGGUUGAAGCUUCUCUGAAAGCAAGUUUCUUGUGUGGACUAAUAGAGGUAGAGGGGUCGGCCAAAUACCUGAAUGAUCAAAGGACGUCCAAAAAUCAGGUCAGAGUAACACUGAAGUAUGAAGCCACCACAAGAUUCCAGGAGCUGUCGAUGAAUCAUCUGGGAAGAGGCAACGUGAAGCAUCCAUAUGUAUUUGAUCAAGGAUUAGCAACACAUGUAGUCACAGGUAUUCUUUACGGAGCACAGGCCUUCUUUGUUUUUGAUCGAGAGAUGUCAGAAAAGGACGAUCGUCAAGACAUUGAAGGCAACUUGAAAGUGAUGAUCAAAAAGAUCCCGUGCCUUUCUAUAGAGGGUGAAGGUUCCCUGAAGAUGGAAGAUAAAGACAAGACAAGUGUUGAGAAAUUUUCUUGCAAAUUCCAUGGAGACUUUUCUCUUGAAAAGAAUCCUGUGUCCUAUCCCGAUGCAGUUCAAGUCUAUCAAAGCCUGCCGAAAUUGCUGGGAUCAAAUGGGGAAAAAGCUGUGCCAGUGAAAGUCUGGCUGUUGCCAUUGACAAGUUUGGAUUCUUCUGCUGCUCAGCUUGUUCGUCAGAUUAGCGUGAGAUUGAUUCAGGAAGCGCAGAGUGUCCUGGAGGACUUCAGUGAGCUGGAAAUGAGGUGCAACGAUGCAAUGAGAACAACAACUGCACAGCAGUUCCCACAGAUUGGCAAAAAAAUUAAAAGUUUUAAAGAAAUGUGCUCAGUGUUCAAACUAGAAUUCCAACGAUCCUUAUCGAAGAAACUUCCAACAAUACGAGGAGGAGGCGAAGAGGAGGGUGCGCUCGCAGAGAUACUGUUGAAGAGACAUUCUUCUCCCUUCAACAGCAAAAAUCUGAACGAGUGGAUGGACUGUAAAGAGAGAGAAAUCAGCAUUUUAAAAUCCUUCACCAACCUGAUGAGAAACACAAAGAUCGUCCCGUCUCAGAAUGGUCUUCAUGAGGAAAUUCUCAGUGCAGAGCACGUGAUGUGUUUUGUUUUCACCUCACUGGGAAGAGCUGAACCGUACCUCUCAGCUUUAUCAAACUACUUAAAAGGUACCACCAAACCAGACGACUCUCAAGAUCCACUCAUCUAUGAUGUAGAGAAGGAACAGUGGUACCUCUUAAACAAAGUACCUGACACAAUGAGGAAUAAAGCAAAGCUCUUCAGGGAUUUUGCUGAGCUCAACAAGGAGAAGAAGAACAUCAAGUUCUUGACAGUGGGUUUGACAAAUGAGACACACAAAGGUUCAAGCAUCUACCUUUAUAAAGACGGCUGCUCUCUCAGUGAGAACUUUGAACCGCCUUCGAGGCCUGAAACUGUGACAGUGAGCGACAUGAACCACAACAGCGUGACACUGAAGAUAACUCCACCCAGAUGUGGAGCAGAGAACAUCAGCUCCUACUCUGUUGAGUUCAGUGUCAGCGGAGAGGAUGGAUGGCAACAAAGAACUGCAUCAAAGGCUGAUGAAGUCACAGUGAGCGAUCUGAGUCUUGACACCGAGUAUGUGUUCAGAUGCAGAGCUGUCACCUCAGUGGGUGUUGGGCCAGUCAGUGAGAUCAGUGGGUCGGUUAAAACUCUGCCCUGCAGCCCUCCUGGGAAACCUCAAGUUGAACCAAACUCAAGUGAGAUAUCAGUGAGCUGGCAGAGACCCGCUGAGCUCGGACCAGAUGUACAGAUCCUGAGCUACAUCGUGGAGUACGCCCAAACAGACGACGGGGUGAAAGAUCGCCAAUGGAACCAAACGAUGUCGAGAGCUGAGAAGGCAAUCGUCUCAGGGCUUCAGUCAGAGACACAGUAUGUUGUCAGGGUCACAUGUGACUGUGGUGCCGCUGGUAGAAGCAAGGAAAGCAUCACUGUUAACGUCUGCACAACCAAACGUGAAUUUGCUCGUCUUGCAGAAUACCUGAAACAUGCUAGCAAGAGUAUAAAGUCUGAAUUCCCCCAACUUUACAAACUGUGUCUGAAAGAAGAAGAUAUUGACAUAGAGGGAUGCCGUAAGUUUACCUUAGGCAAAGAAAGCAUGAGGCAGAAUCGUACCAUCAUGCUCCUGGGAGCAACCGGAUCAGGAAAGUCCACGCUCAUCAAUGGAAUCAUCAACUACAUUGUAGGAGUAGAGUGGAAGGACAACUUCAGAUUUACGUUAAUAGUCGAGGACCAGUCAAGAUCUCAAGCGGAAAGCCAGACCUCUGAAGUCACUGUGUACAAACUCAACUACCAAGAGGGGUUUAAAAUUCCCUUCUCUCUGACUGUUGUGGACACUCCAGGGUUUGGGGAUACAAGAGGAGUAGGAAGAGACAAAGAGAUCACAGAACAAAUCCGGAAGCUUUUCACCUCAGUUGAUGGAGUCAGUGAGAUUGAUGCAGUGUGUUUUGUGACUCAGGCCUCACUUGCACGACUAACAGCAACACAACGAUAUGUCUUUGACUCUGUGCUCUCCAUUUUUGGCAAAGAUGUGGCAGAGAACAUUGAGAUGCUGGUGACUUUUGCAGAUGGCAAGCAGCCACCGGUUCUUGAGGCAAUCAACGUCUCCGGAGUGCCAUGUCCCAAAAAUGACCUGGGCCUUCCAGUUCACUUCAAGUUCAACAACUCAGCACUAUUUGCAGACAACAGAUGCAACAGUGACAGGGCAAGUGAUGAGGAUUCGGAUGAUGAUGAUGAUCACAACUUUGAUGAAAUGUUUUGGAACAUGGGUGCCAAAAGUAUGGAGAGGUUCUUCACUGCUUUGCACAAAAUGACAACCAAAAGCUUGCAGAUGACCCAGGAGGUUCUGAAAGAGCGAAAGCAGCUUGAAACAGCCGUUGAAGGUCUUCAGCCGCAAGUUAGAGCUGGACUAGCAAAACUUGAACAAAUUAGGACAACCAAAGAAAUGAUCAAAGAACAUGAAACAGCCAUGACUUCAAAUGAGAACUUUGAGAUUGAGGUGAAAGUUAUUAAGGCAGUAAAAAAACAGCUCACAAAGAGCGGAGAGUACAUUACCAACUGCCAGAAAUGUUCGAUAACAUGCCAUUACCCAUGUGGAAUAGCAGAUGAUAAUAAAAAAGAUGGCUGCACAGCAAUGGAUAGGGCAGGGAUGUGCACCGUCUGUCCUGGAAAGUGCAUUUGGAACGUACAUUUCAAUCAGACGUACAGUUGGGAGUAUGUUGAAGUGAAAGAGAAGCAGACACUGAAAGAGAUAAAAGAUAAGUAUGAAAAAGCUACACAAGAAAAGCUGACUAUUCAGGGACUGGUCGAGAGGCAAGAGGAAGAGAUUGGUCACCUUCAAGAGCUGAUCGUGUCCCUCAUGGAUCAGUCAGCCAACUGUCUAACUCGUCUGCAGGAGAUCGCCCUGAGGCCGAACCCUCUGACCACUCCAGAUUACAUCGACAUGAUGAUCGAAGGAGAGAAGUCAGAGGCCAAAGAGGGUUACCAGGCUCGAAUCAAGUCUUUGGAGACAAUGAAGGACAAGGCAAACAUAAUCUCCCAGGUAGCCAAACGAGGCGAACUCAGCAAAACUGAGGAGCAGUUGUCUGAAGACAGACAGGAGAGGAAAGAAAAGAUAGGUGUUCUCAAGAAAAUUGGAAAUUUCUUUGGUUUUAAGUAAUGAAGAUAAACAAUAACACUUGAAGUACAGAUACAGUGAGUCAUGCUAAUAAAAGUUUAACUUUCCCACAAUUAAGAAGGUAAAUGUUACAUGGUAAUGAUAAUAUGAGCAUUAGUCUUUUUCGCAAUUUGCCAUCAUAACAUGAUGAAUUGUAUGGAAACAUGCUAUGUAACACGCACAUACAAUUCAGGUUGGCAUGUUGAUGAAACUGCUCUAUCUUAAUCUCUUGACGUCAAAUAAUUACACAUUUGUUGUGCUAGAUUAAAAAUCUAAUUAACAAAGUUUGCCGCAACAAAUGAUGAAGUUGAAUGCUAACAUUUAAAGUAAAGCUUAGUCAUGCUAAUAUUAAGAGCUUAACACAAUUGGCAAGUUAAAUGUUAUGACGAAUUGAAUGGAAUCAAGCGACAGCUGCUGUGAACAUGCUCAUGAAGUUGAAUAACAACAUUCACAGUACAGCUAAGUCAUGCUAAUAUUUGUAGCUAAACAUGCUCACAGCAAAUACGGUAAAUUAUUUAUGCUAAUGCUUAUAUUAGCGUUAUCUUGUAAGCAAUAGAAUUGUUAUCAUGACAUGAUGAAUUGUAUAGAAUCAAGCGACAGCUGCUGUGAACAUGCUCCAUCUCACUUACGUGCACCUUGUGGUCGCACGAGUCAUGAACAUGUUGAAACAUUUUGAAUUUAGUUGUAAUUUUGUGUAUUUUUAAAUGGUCAAGAUCCGCACAAGCUGACUUGAAUUCUUGAAAACAGUUAAUUGCUUUUUUAUCCAGUUGUUGGACUCGUCGGUCAUUUAAUGUUUAUUUUGCAGUGGAAACUAUGUAUUCAAGACUUGCGUACUGUAAUUAUAAUAAUUUUAGUUUCAUCACACACUUCCUAAACUUACGUCGAUGAGAUAGUGAUGUCAUAAUAAAUGGAUUUUGUUGUA